CACUGAACCACCGCGCAUCGCGCACAGUCGUCGUGCGCACGGCCGUUUAGCGGCAAAUACACCGCCGCAAAGGCAGUCACACGCUGCGACGCCGCCAGCGCGGCGCACGGAAGAGCCCUGUGAUUCACUGCUAAGCUGCUUAUGGUACAAACGCACGCGUACUUGAGGGGCGCGGCCACGCUGGCCUUCCAGGCCUACCAGUACCAGCGACGCCUGGACGAGGGCGACGACUCCCUGAAUUUGGAUUUUAACACGGGGUCGAAAGCCGGCGACGCCGUCCUCACUUGGUUCCUUGUAUUUGUGAUGGUCUUCCUGUCGGCCAUGUUUUCUGGUCUUACCUUAGGGUUGUUGGGACUGGACAAGACGGGGCUGGAGAUCGUCAUGGGCGGCGGUUCGCCGCAGGAGCGCGCGGACGCGAAGGUCAUCUAUCCCAUCCGCGAAGACGGUAAUAGAUUGCUGUGUACCUUAUUGUUGGGCAAUGUGGCCGUCAACGCUUUGUUGAGUAUCACUCUAGCGGACAUCGCGUCGUCGUUGAUAGGCUUCUUCGCCUCCACAGCACUGAUUGUCAUCUUUGGCGAGAUCCUGCCUCAAGCACUUUGUAGUAGAUACGCGCUCCGAGUCGGGGCGUCGUCCAUGCCUCUCGUGAAGUUCUUCCUCAUCAUAUUAGCGCCGGUCGCGGUACCCUUAGCAAAGGUCCUGGACUAUUUUCUCGAGGAAGACGUGGGAACAGUGCAUACAAAAAAUGAGAUGAUGCACUACUUGAAGCUCCACGCUAAAAGGGGCGGCCUGGACAACGAGUCCGGUUUAGUGAUGCGCGGCGCGUUGGAGAUGAAGGAAAAAAGAGUCAGAGAGGUGAUGACGCCGCUCGAGGACGUGUACAUGUUACCGGAGUCGACACGCCUGUCGUUCAAGGUCGUCAGGGAGAUCUUCGAGCAGGGGUUUAGUCGGGUCCCGGUCUUUCGGGGAGAACGGCAAAGAAUAGUAGGAUUGCUCUUCGUGAAGGACCUGAUUUUUGUGGAUCCCGAGGACGAGACCGCAUUGACGUCGUUGUUAGGUAUCUUCGCAAGAGGUUUGCAGAUCGUGGACGAGACCGAUAGUCUGGAUGAUGUCUUGAGGAUCUUCAAGGCCGGCCAUGGGCAUCUCGCGUUGGUGAGGCGAGGCGAAGUAACGAAGAAAUUAACAGCGAUCCAAGAAGACAGUAACGAGUCCAAGGAAGUGGAAUUAACAGAAAUGGGCGCGCCGCCCGUACCUGAUCAAGCACCGUCGGUUUUCGUUGGGAUAGUCACUCUAGAAGAUAUCGUCGAGGAAAUUCUCGGCGACGAGAUCAUCGACGAGACGGACGUCUUUGUGGACGUGGACAACCACGUGAAAGUUGCUGGAAGAUCUGAUUUUGAUUUUACCAAACUAAGAAGGCUGGACGCGGAGUUUGUUGAUGAACGCUUGAGUCCGGAGGAGGUGCAAGCGGUCACUAGUCAUCUACUCACGAACGUGAAGGCUUUGCGACGUUCGACAACUCUGGAUCGGGACGAGAUGGCGCAAUUAGUACGAAGAUCAAGAGUUGUGGAGAUAAGACGCAAGUCCAAGAACCCGCAUUCCGACAAGAUUCACGCGCAGGAUCGGAUCUAUGUCCGGGGCGAGGCCGCUUCUUAUGCUACGCUCGUGUUGAACGGCAAGCUCAGUGUCCUAGCGGGUGUUGAUGGGUUCAGAGCCGAGGCCGGGCCCUGGACUGUGCUCGGGGCUGACGCCCUUGUGUCGGAUGAAGGGUCAUUUGUUCCUGAUUUCAGCGCCCACGUGGCUACGGAUAGCGUGCGCUGCGUCCAUGUCACUAGAGCCGAAUACGAGCGGGCCAUUACGGGUCGAAGAAGGAGAGGGAGGCGAGGCAUGGGGACGGACGGCGAAGAGUCCGAUACUGGUAGGAGGGCGCGGCUCGGCCGGCGCGGCGAGAUGGCCGAGAAGCGCCGACGUUUAGCAAGGAUGGCCGGUCAAAAUAGGGGCGCGCGCGCCGGCCGCGCGGCGCUGGACCAGUUCCGGGGCGAGCAGACCGGCGCGAUGUCCGACGGCGAGCGGCCUUUGGCGGCGGCCCGCGGCGAGGAGAGCGGCGCGUCGUCCCAGGCGUUGGAUGCGCUGGACGUGGGCUACGCCUCGGACCCACAACUCGGGUCGUCUCGCGAGGACCUGCUGGCGAAUGCCACGAGCGGGAACGAGAGCGGGAGCGACGUGGACUGAUCUGAUGUGUGUUUGGUUUGGGGUGGUGCCUGCCCUGGUAAUCGAACUUUCUGUUGAA